AUGGCCCCGGGAGAGAGCAAUAAGUUUCUAGAUGCUCCCGACAGCGAAGAUGACCAAAUAGACAACUACAACUCUGACAACGAGAUAACAAAAGGCGGUCGCAGGGCAAAACGGCGCAAGGUUGAAAGCGAUGAUGAAGAUGCUGGCAGCGGCGUCAACCCAAGUGCCAGCGAUGAUGAGGGCUCACUCCACGAGGACGGACAGGAAGGCGACUCCUCAAAACGAGACAAAAAGGCCAAAUCAACAUCUCGCAAAGAAUUGCCCAGAUUAGAGACAGGCAUUCCCGACAUCACCAAACCCUUGACGAAAAAGAAUCUCGUCGCUUCCGAAGAAGCCAUUAGGAAGUCAGGCGUGGUAUACAUGUCCCGUAUACCGCCAGGAAUGAAACCGUCUGCUCUGCGAGCUCUACUGUCACCGUACGGGAAGCUGAACCGGAUAUUCCUGGCUCCCGAGGAUCCUACUGUCCGCGCCAGACGAAAGCGUGCCGGUGGUAACAAGAGAGCGUUGUUUACGGAGGGAUGGCUUGAGUUCGUUAAGAAGAAGGAAGCAAAGGCGGCUUGCGAGUUAUUGAACGGGCAUAAUAUUGGUGGCAAGAAGGGAUCUUUUUUCCGCGACGACAUCUGGAACUUGGUCUAUCUGAAAGGUUUCAAAUGGCACAACCUGACAGAACAAAUUACGACCGAGAACGCAGAGAGGACAAGCCGCAUGAGAGCUGAGAUUAGCAAAUCGACCAAGGAGAACAAAGAAUUUGUUCGAAACGUGGAGAGAGCCAAGAUGUUGGAUGGCAUGCAGGCCAAGGCGAAGAAGAGGAAGGCUUCCCAAGUGGAGGACGAACUCGUACGAGAGGGCGGGCGGUCUUUCAAACAGGUACGACAAGUGAAGAAGGACGAUACGGGGGCGCAGGAUCAGCCGGCGAGCGUCACGAGAGUCUUGAGCAAGAUUUUCUGA